CAUAUUUUGCCUGCACAGAAUCCGAAUACCAAAACAGGAGAAACGUUCAACGAACACCACAGCAAAAUCUUUAUUUUCAUUCUCCACCGGAGCUUUUUUCUAUGCUAGCCGGUGCAUAAAAUAUCUGGGUCAGCGGCCAAGUCAAAAUCCACUAGUGAGCUUCAUUUUCCCCCCCCUAAAAGCAGAAUCUUGAUGAAAAAUUGAUCCUUGCAAUGCACACGAGUUCUAUUGAAGGUUAGAUGUUGAUUGGUAGAGGAAGAAGUUGAGCUGAAUCAAAUGGGUUGUCUUUGCUGUUUCGAUUCGCUUGCAGGAGGAGGGUCAUCCUUACGCUGCGGCAAUGGAAGAAGCCAUCAAUGGCGUUUUAAGUAUGGAUUCAGCCUAGUCAAAGGGAAAGCAAAUCAUCCGAUGGAGGAUUACCAUGUUGCCAAGUUUGUUCAUGAUUGUGGAAAGGAACUCGGACUUUUUGCAAUUUAUGAUGGGCAUUUAGGACACAAUGUACCUGCAUAUCUGCAAAAGCAUUUGUUUUCCAAUAUCUUGAAUGAGGAUGACUUCUGGACCGAUACACAGAGAGCAAUCUUUAAAGCAUAUGAGAAAACGGAUCAGGCUAUUCUGGACGAUCCUAAUCUUGGAAGAGGUGGGUCCACUGCAGUCACUGCCAUUAUAAAGGACAUGAGGUUGUGGGUAGCUAACCUUGGGGAUUCAAGAGCAGUCCUUUCACAACGAGGAGAGGCCAUACAAUUGUCAGUUGAUCAUGAACCUGAAAUUGAGCGUGGCAGCAUAGAAGAUAGAGGUGGUUUUGUCUCAAACAUGCCAGGAGACGUUGCGAGAGUAAAUGGACAACUUGCUGUUUCACGUGCAUUUGGAGACAAAAACUUGAAGUCUCACUUGCGGUCUGACCCAGACGUUGUCAACCUUGUGAUCAGGGAUGAUUGGGAUCUCCUCAUCCUGGCAAGUGAUGGCCUCUGGAAGGUGGUGAGUAAUCAAGAGGCUGUUGAUAUUGCAAUGAAGACCAAGAACCCAAAGAAGGCAGCAAAACUAUUGGCCAAUGAAGCAUUGGAAAGAGACAGCAAAGAUGAUUUCUCCUGCAUCGUCGUCCGGUUCAAGGAGUAGGUCAUAGAUCAACAUCCCCUCCUUUGUGCAGUAUAUAUAUAAAUAUUCAUGUACACGUAAUAAUGUAACGGGCAUUUACAGAAAAGAGGCAUGCGAUUUCGGAGAAUCGACAAUGUGUGAUCGGUAGUAGUGUUGUAGUAUAAUAAUAUUGUGGGUGUGGUGAAUAGGUAUUGAUUUCUUCAUUGUGUAGAUCCUUCACAUGAUAGUAUUUAUGUUUGGUGAAAGGGAUGAUGACAAGCUUUUUCUUGGGUUUUUUUCCCUAUGUUUGUUUUGAAAUCCCUCCAUGUCUGUACCAUAAUGAUUUGGGAAGAUAUCAUAUAUGGAUUAUUUUAGUAAUGAAAAUUAGACUAGUUU